UUCUCUAUAUUCUGCAGUAUCUACCGACAGGACGUGGAGGGUUUCAGCCACCCAAACAUUUAUUUCCAAUGGGCCCCGUCGCCUAGCGUUUACUCCCCAGAGCCUCGCCAACUGAGUUGAGAAGGGUGCUUAUUUCCAUCAGCACUGAACGGUUUUGAAGGGUUUCCAUCUAAGGCACUGUUUACAAGAUCUGAAGAAUGGCAGCUAUUCCAGCAGGCGGCUCUUUGGUUGCAACCCACGACUACUACCGAAGGCGCAUUGGCUCAACAUCCAGUAAUAGCUCCUGCAGCAGUUCAGAGUACAGUGGGGAGGUCAUCCCUCACCACCCAGGGCUUCCCAAGCAAGACUCAGGGCACUGGUGGUCCAGUUUCUUCUUUGGGAAACAAGUUCAAAUGACUCCCCUUACUGAGGAAGCCCAACAGAAGGCUGGAAUGCUGAACAUGACUGAGGGGCCAGUCACCUGUGUUGCCAGGGAGAUGGUGAUGAAGAGGCAGGCUAGUGAGAGCAGCGACACUGGGAAGUCGGAGGCGGGGAGCCCUCCAUCCUCUUGAGCCCAGUGUCCUGGGACAACAGACGCUAGGAGACGGAGACUGCUUUUUACUUUCUUUCUUUUCUUUUUUUUUCUUUUUUUUUUAUAUUAGCACAGGUUGCUUUUAGUGUUCAUCAUUUUAUCUUUCAUUUUAUAUCUAUGAUAAAGUAAAAAGCUUAAAAAAAAAUAAUAAAAAAAAAAAGGAACAAGAAACUUUUUGUAUGUUUUUACACAUCUGUAACACUGGUGGAUUUGAUGUUUUUGUUCUGAUGUUUUUCACACAAUCGCCCGUGUUCUCAGAUUCAUUAAAAUAGCCUCAAGCAGCC